AUGGCGGCAGAAAUUCAGGAAAAAGAACAACGUCCAAUCGAAAGAAGAGUCCUUCCUGAUGGUAAAAAGUUCCACGUGUUUAUAUCCUACAGCAAAAGUGACAGAUCCUGGGUUGGAACAGUAAUAGAACACUUACAAAGUGAUUACAAUCUUAAGUGUUUUGAUCAUUCAACAGAUUUUAUACCUAGACAGACAAUAACGAAAAAUAUAGAACAUGCUAUCACUACAAAAUGUAUGACAAAAUCAGUGAAAACAAUGUUUAUUUUAACGAAGGAGUAUAGUGAGAGCUACUGGUGUCAAUAUGAAAUAGAAUUCGCUAUAUUGAAGUUAUUCACUGAAAUGAAAGAAAAUGUCAUCAUUCCAGUUUUAAAAGAAGAAUGUGAGAUACCUGGCUAUCUUAGAUCAUUUACCUACAUAAAUGUCACUGGCGACAUGAACGUCUGGCUUCCUAAGCUUGCAUUAGCCAUUGAAGCAGAAGGUGUUGUAUCUUAA